GUAAAUAUUGGGCCUGCCUCGUCACGAGAGACUAGGCAAUAGGAACACUAGUGUUCUUGCUCGCACAAGUGCACCACAAACACAAAGUCCAGUGAACAUGGACGACCACGACAACCAGGAGCUGUCCACGACGCCCACUCCAACCAGUCACCUGCAUCUCCACCGCAGCAGAAGUCAUAGUUCGCACUGGUCACCCACUGAGACACCAACGCACCAUAAUGUAGGGACGUCCUACGUUCAUUCCUCGUCACCGACGCCGCGGGCACCGUACCCACAGCCAUCCAUUAGCCAUAGUUUAUCAAACAGCCGCACCCGCAGCACUAGCACCAACAGCUCUCAUCGCCCUCGCCGUCCAAUUAGGGACAACGAUGGCAUGCUCAGCCAGGAUGAAGAGGUUAGCUAUGAAGAUCAAGUCAAUGAUAGAGGUAUUGGGGGAAGCAGAGAUCGUGGCAAAGGCACUGCACCCUCACAAGACCAGGAAGGAGAAGUGGAAGAAGGAGACAGUGAAGAACGAGAGACAGGCUCGGAACACGACGACUCAAACAGCAGAGAUGAUGACGAUCCAAUCACAGUUAAAGAUCGUCAGUCGCUCAUCAACGUUCAGCACCCUUUUGGUUUGCCUAUCUGGAAACCUGCAUUAUACAAGAAAUCGCGCUCCGUCACUCGCCAUGCGGAUGCCGCGCUACACUCUGUCCCCUCUGCUCAAGCAGAGCGCCACCUCCUCCCAGGAAAUAUUUUCUGGGUUAUCUGCUUUGGCUGGUGGCUUGCGCUGGCCUGCUUUGCUGUCUCUGCUUUGUUAUGUCUCGUUCCACUUGGUGGCAGACGCUAUGCUGUACUCAUGUUCGGUUUGGGCUGGUACCUCGCAUGGCCAUUUGGCAAGUAUGUCAAAGGGGAUACUCAAGGCAAUGACGAAGAAAGCACACUCCCACCUGAGGAUGUUGGUAGUGCUAGCACUGUAGAUGCCAACCCGUCCCUCUCUCGCACGCCCACAAUCACCCAAAAUACCAACAGUGAACGAGCUUUUCUGCGCCCUCCAGCUCCCUCCAAAUCCUACGGAGCUGUCCCAAGUCCGACCGACCGCAUGCCGUACGAGAAGAUUUCCGCUGACUGGUUGGGCAGGGCUAUUUUCUGGAUCCUAUUCAUAACGCUCGUUGCCCCACUCCUUCUGCUCACCUGUAUCGCCUGCUGGGCACUUAUUAUCACUGUCCCAAUGGCCAAGCUUAAUUGGGCUCUCAUCAAAUACAUAUUCGCAUCUCCUACUAGGAUACGCUUCUGUGCUGCGCCUCUCGUUCCACCUAGUGCAGUCAAGACACCCCGUCUCGCAGCUGGUCAGGCUGUCCCCUCUACCUCUGGCCAUAGGAGUACCGUACUGCUAUGCGUCUAUCGCGCUGUUGGGUGGCAAUACUACAAAUACACUGUCGGAGGCGUUAAUAUCAUUUUCGUCAAUCUCCUCCCGCUUGUCUUCUUCGUUAUCCUCGAUGGAUUCGUGCUCAUGCCGAAGGCAGAAGAUCUGGAGGAAGCAGGCGAACAUGUCCCUCGCAUCCUCGCCCUCGUUGCCUCGAAAGCACUCAUUUUCCUCAUGAGCCUUGCGAGCGUUAUUCCUCUCUCUUACUUCAUUGGCAUGGCUGUGGCGAGCAUCAGCGCCCAAAGCUCUAUCGGCAUGGGCGCCGUUAUCAAUGCCACAUUCGGAAGUGUCGUCGAAGUCGUCCUAUAUUCUAUCGCGUUGACUCAAGGCAAGGGACGUCUCGUUGAAGGGUCUAUCGUGGGAUCUUUAUUAGCGGGAGUACUGCUGAUGCCCGGUAUGAGUAUGUGCGCUGGCGCGUUGAGGAAAAAGGAGAUGAAGUUCAAUGCCAAGAGCGCAGGCGUAACGAGCAUGAUGUUAAUCAUGGCAUUUAUUGGAACGCUAACACCAACAUUGUUUUAUCAAACAUAUGGUAAUUUCCAGCUGGUUUGUAGUGGAUGUCCUGACGGCUCCCGCCGCUCGUCCGAGUGGAGAUGCGACCAGUGUUACUAUCAACACCCUGAUCCUGUUGAAGAUCCAUUUUAUCAGUCCACAGUGAAGAGCCUCAUGUACUUUUGUGCUGUGAUCUUACUGUUUUCGUAUUUGAUAGGCCUGUGGUUUUCUCUCCGCACACAUGCCACUCAGAUAUGGCAGAACCCACAACCGCUCCUGCAGCCCCUCGACCUUCCAGCCACGCACCCAUCUCGUCUUUCGCUCUACCAACAUCACCGUCCUCACUCCAAUGCAACCACAAUCAGUGCAGCGCAAUCCCCGCCGUCGCAGAUUCCACCGAUUAUUCGCGAGCCACGUUUGCGACCAGAUGGGUCCCAUGAACGAACGCGACUGGAGGACGAUCCCCGGUUUCAGACCCCGGCUCCACGUCUUACCGUUCCAACGGCGAAUACAGUGUCCCCCACUUCCCCUUCGAUUCUUCGACGUGUUUCAUAUGUCCCGCACACUAGUCCCCAAAGCGCCCAAUCUCAAACACAAUACACACCUCUUCUUGAGUCCGUUGACCAUGCCAUUAAGUCUACCGGUGCCCUGCCCCUUCCCUCUACUAUGUCCACCGAUGACUUUACGCGUGCAGUAGCUGUUGCGACUGUCAGCGCCCUUCGCCACCAGCACGCACAUACUCGGGCGGCUCGCGCAAGCGUGGCUGAGGAGGAACAUGGAACGGCUCACGGACAUGAGGCGCCAGAGUGGAGCCGUAUAACGAGUGCGGCAGUAUUGCUGUCAUGUACGGCUUUAUAUGCCCUCAUCGCUGAGCUUCUUGUGGAUAUGGUGGAUGUCGUACUAAAAGGCUCUGGGAUUGAGGAAAAGUUCUUGGGAAUCACUUUGUUCGCGCUGGUGCCCAAUACUACGGAAUUCAUGAAUGCUAUUUCAUUUGCACUGAACGGAAAUAUCUCGCUAAGUGUUGAGAUUGGUUCUGCCUAUGCCUUGCAAGUCUGUUUGCUCCAGAUUCCAGCCAUGGUUGCGUUCUCCGCCUGGUAUGCGCCCGACAAAAUGGGCGAGAUCGCAAAUACAUUUACGCUUGUAUUUCCGCGCUGGGAUGUCAUUGCGAUCAUCUUGUCCGUCUUUCUGAUGACCUAUACCUAUAUCGAGGCCAAGAGUAAUUACCACCGUGGAAGUAUCCUCAUUUUGAGCUAUGUUGUCCUUGUUUCCGGAUUUUAUUUCGCUCCGCGUAACUCUAAUGACCAGGAAGAUAUCGUUGUGGCUGGGGAUGUUGGGCCUCUUUCUGUCGUCUCACAAUUGUAUGCGGCCGUCUGGUCGUAGGAAGACUAGUACUAUGACCAUGCAGCUAAAUUCCCACCUUCCUUGUUCCAACUACCAUCCGUUCGUUUGAUAUAACGAUCACAUCGUUGCCAAUAG